UAUAAACCGAUCUCCCGAUUAUGCUUCUUGAGCCCCUCCAAGGCGCAAUUCUUAUCCGAAUGGGCUGAAAUAUUAUCUAAUGACUUCUACUAUGGUAUUCAAAAUUUAAUUCACUUUUGGUCUGAAUUGGACUCGAUAUAUCUCCAAUAGUAUAACAAUUCUUAUCCAUUAUUCUUGGUUUGCUUAAAAGGAAAUGCCGCGCAAAGACCUCGACAUAUGCGAUCCAUGGUGGAGGGUUCAAAAAAGAUUCUGCCCAGCCGAACUUAGCACGCUCUUACUUGCUUCUUGUUGGUAAUCAUAGGGGAAAAUUUGCUAAUCUUCAUUAAAAAAAUCUCUAACAUGGCAUCAUUCGGUUUCAUCCCACACUGCUUACCUCUACUUUGAGUCCCAACGGUUUCAUAGUUUUUUGUCUUAGAUCCACUCAAGCUGUAAUACAAUUCAAACAUAAAUGCCAAAUGCAUAUAUAACCUGAUUUACGACGCCAUUGAAGUAUUACAAAUUGCAUAGUAAAAUAAUAUCACUGGGUAAGUAAAAUAGAUUUACAGCUAGCCCGUAAAGGUUUGUUAUCAGUACUAUAAUUAAUUUGAAUUACUUUCACAACGGUGUCGAUUGUUUCAAACAGGAAUGACAUUAAAGUAGGAAUGGGUUUCAUUGCGAAAAGUAUCAGUGAACGUAUUGGAAGCUCAGCAAUAGUUAACAUAUCAAUAAUGAAAUUGUCGUUUCUGGUAGUUUUCGUGGUUGGUUGUUUUCUAGGCGGUUGUAUCUUGGCCGAUUGCCUGCAUUGGGAAACGAAAACCAAACCUCCUAAUAUUGUCAUAAUAUUGGCCGAUGAUAUGGGUUCUGACGAUGUAAGUUACCGUGGAUCACAUGAAUUUCUAACACCCAACAUUGAUGCUUUGGCCUAUCAUGGAAAGAUUUUAAAUCGUUUAUAUGCACCACCCUUGUGUACACCAUCCAGGGCUACUUUGAUGACGGGAUUGUAUCCAAUACAUACAGGCACUCAACAUUUUGUGCUCAGCAAUGAUGAACCCUGGGGUAUUCUGGAAAAUCACAAUACAAUGCCAAAGAUUUUUCAAGCUAAUGGCUAUUCCACAAAUUUGGUAGGCAAAUGGCAUUUGGGUAUGGGCCGCAAGGAAUUUACACCCACAUAUCAGGGAUUUGAUCAUCAUUAUGGAUAUUGGGGAGGUUUCUUGAACUACUAUCGCAAAAGAUCUCAGAUGUUUGACUCCUCCAAAGGUUAUGAUUUUCGCCGAAAUAUGGAUGUGCUAUGCACCCCCAAGGAUACCUACGUCACUGAUUUAUUUACCGAAGAGGCGGAACGUAUUAUUUUAGAGAAUAAUGGCUCCAAACCGCUGUUCCUAUUAGUAGCCCACUCAGCUCCUCAUACAGGAGAUUUCGAUGAACUCAUGCAAGCUCCCCAAGAAGAAAUUGAAAAAUUUUCUUAUAUACCCGAUAUGCAACGGCGUACCUAUGCAGCCAUGGUAUCUAAGCUGGAUGAAAGUGUUGGUCGAAUUAUACAUUCUCUUGACAGGGCUUCCAUGUUGGACAACUCCAUUGUUUUAUUUUAUAGCGAUAAUGGAGGACCCACUGUGGGUUUAUUCAACAACACUGGAUCGAAUUGGCCUUUGAGAGGGCAAAAAAUGUCCCCUUGGGAAGGUGCAAUACGAGUGCCAGGUGCCAUAUGGAGCCCUUUGAUAAAGAGCAAAACUUCCCUAAACAAUCAACCUAUAUAUGUAGGUGAUCUUUUACCCACUCUAGCAGCGGCAGCUAACAUAGAGCUGAAGCAAAAAUUUGAUGGCAUUAACGUAUGGCCUGAUUUGGCAUUCAAUAAGCCAGGACGGUGGCCUUGGAAAUACCAAGAACGAGAAAUUCUACAUAUGUUGGACGAUAUAUGGAAUACCACAUCCUAUAUGAAAGGACAAUAUAAAUAUAUACGUGGUACAACUUUGCAAGGUCAAUAUGAUGGUGUUCUGUCUCGGCGAGAUCCCAAUAUCUAUGAUCCCAGAGAUAUCAAUUACCAUCAAACUAUAAAAUCUUCUUUAGCUUCAAAAUCUCUAGAAAAAUACGAUGAUAGAAAGCUAACAAGUGAGACUAUAAAUAAAUUACGUCUUCAAGCUGAAAUACAUUGUAAAGCGGCAGGCACUGCUUGUAAUGCUUUGAAGGAGGAAUGCCUGUACAAUAUCUGUUCAGAUCCUUGUGAACAAAAUAAUCUAGCUAAAGAUCGUACGUAUGCAAAUGUUUUAACAAAAAUGCGCCAACAAGUGGAGGCUUUUAGAGAGUCAGCAGUUUCACCAAAGACUGGUGGCAUACAACCCCAAUAUGGACCUUCAUGGCACAAUUGUAUGUGGAAUAACUUUUUGGAAGAACCUCCCACAGAAUUUGUUAAGCAAUGUGACUACAAUUCACCACCCUGUCAAGCUUAGUUGAGAUUUCAACUUAAAAUUCAGUAUUUUCUCCUGUUUCAACCAAAUAUUUUAAAAAUUCUGAAGCUUGUUCCUGGCAUUAAAAGUUUUAAAUAUACACAUGUUCAGCAUUAUAAAGUUGUAUCAAUUGAAAGUUUGGUAUAGUAGGUGCACAACA